GAUUUCUCUGCGUGGCUGUUUCCUUUCUGUGCUUGCACCUCUUGCAAUCAGACGGCUGUGCUGUGAGGCAGCCAGGGGGGCUGAGACCUUAGUCCUGCCCUGGGAGCAUAAGCAAACAUGGCCCUGCGUUGGACAUUUGUCCUGCUCCUCACACCUCUGCUGGCAGCACAGAAUCAGGAAGAACCGGACCCCAACAACUCUGGAGAACCCCAGGAAACAGAGAGAUGCCAGCAGCCCCAGUGGGACGUGAAGCUCCACUUUACCCCAGAGCAGAGGUUUUACAGGUUCAAUGAAGAGGUGACACUGAGCUGCUUUAUGGAGGACUUUCCUCCCCUUGCUGUGAUCAGAUGUGCAAAUGGGACGUCUCCAGGUUGGAAGGAUGCUUGGGAGGUGAAGGACAUUCAGGGAACAUGGCGUGUGGUGGCAGAGAGCCUGACCUGCACCACAGGAAAGUGCCCAAAACCCAAGUGGGAUGAAAGACUUUGGUUUCCAUCAAACAAAAAAAAAUACCAACUGAAUGAAGAACUGACACUGACCUGCCGUGGAGAUCUCAAGCCAUCCUUCCCCAAGGUCAAAUGUGCAAGGGAAUUCCUGCAAGUGAGUUCUGGGAAACCAGUCUAUGGAGAUGCCUGGUGGGGCAGGAACAGCACAGGUGCCUGGAUGCCCAUUGCGAAGGCUGUAGAGUGCAUUGAAAUGUGCCAAAGACCCUGGUGGGACCAAAGACUCCAGCUGGCACCAGACCAGGAGAAUUACAAGAAAAACGAGGAAGUGAGGCUGAGCUGUCCCAAGGGUUUCCAGCCAUCCUUCACCGAAAUCAAAUGUUCAGGCAAAGUUCAGCCCAUCAGUUAUGGGAAUCCUGUGUACAGUGACCUAUGGUUGGGAAGGGACAUCUCAGGCGAUUGGAUCCGCAUUCAGUCCAGUGUGGAGUGCAUCGAAACUUGCCAAAGGCCGUCAUGGGACCAAAGACUCCAGCUGGCACCAGACCAGGAGAAUUACAAGAAAAACGAGGAAGUGAUGCUGAGCUGUCCCAAGGGUUUCCAGCCAUCCUUCACCGAAAUCAAAUGUUUAGGCAAAGUUCAGCACAUCAGUUAUAGGAAUCCUGUAUACAGUGACCUAUGGUUUGGAAGGGACAUCACAGGCGUUUGGAUCCGCAUUCAGUCCAGUGUGGAGUGCAUCGAAACGUGCCAAAGGCCGUCGUGGGACCAAAGACUCCAGCUGGCACCACACCAGGAGAACUACAAGAAAAACGAGGAAGUGAGGCUGAGCUGUCCCGAGGGUUUCCAGCCAUCCUUCACCGAAAUCAAAUGUUUAGGCAAAGUUCAGUCCAGCAGCCACUGGUAUCAUGUACACAGAGAAGUUUGGCUUGGAAGGGACAUCAGACGUGGCUGGAUCCCCAUAUGGUACAGCGUGGUGUGCAUCGAAACUUGCCAAAGGCCGUCGUGGGACCAAAGACUCCAGCUGGCACCUGAUCAGGAGAAUUACAAGAAAAACGAGGAAGUGAGGCUGAGCUGUCCCGAGGGUUUCCAGCCAUCCUUCACCGAAAUCAAAUGUUCAGGCAAAGUUCAGCCCACCAGUUAUGGGAAUCCUGUAUACAGUGACCUAUGGUUGGGAAGGGACAUCAUGGGUGAUUGGAUCCGCAUUCAGUCCAGCGUGCAGUGCAUCGACGUCCUCCAGGUUGUCCCUGGGACCUUGGAGGUUUCCAGCACCAGCAUCAAACUGAACUGGACCUGCAGGCUCCCUGAUGCCUGCCAGCAGGUUCGGGCCAGGUGCCGGCUGGAAAAGAACUCCUCCCUUCCCUGUGAGGCUGAGGAGGUGAAAGGAGAGGAGAUGCUCCAUGGCCAGGAGGGAACAUUUACCUGCCCCCCUCUGCAGCCCUUCACUGACUACAGUAUCACCAUCUCACUGCUGCCCAGCACGAUCCUUUUCACACGGCUCCUCAGAACAAAGGAAACGGUGCCGGACAAACCGGAGAAGCUGUGGCUGGAUCCCAGCACAGGGUCCCUCAGGUGGAAGGCGCUGCCCUCCUGCAAGGGGGAGAUCAUCGGAUACCAGCUGAACGUGACGGCCAGGAGCGCGCAGGACGGCAGCUUUCUGGAGAUGGAGCGACUGCGGCUGAGCAGCUCCGCCACGGAGCACCCGCUGCCCGAGCGCAGCCCCGGCAGCAGCUACGCGGUGGCCAUGCGGGGACUCACGGCAGCCGGAGCCGGGGCUGCGUCGCUCUGGGAGUUUCAGACCGACGGCUCGGACACCCCGCGCCCUCUCGACAUCAGCUGCCGCGGCGUGCGUGACAUCUCCCCGUCCCGAGGGACCGCUGUGCUUCCCCUCCGCCCCGUCGCCCGUCCCCCCGCGGCGGCCAGGGAGCACCAGCUCAUCGUGGUCGCGACGCACAACGGCACGGCGGUGGAAGGCGCCUGCUCGGGGGACCCGCAGCCCUUCAACGCCAGCCGGCAGCCCGGCCCCUACGUGGCCGCCGCGCUCAACCUCACCGGCCCCGUGGACUUUGUGCUGGGCGACGGGGCCCACGGGCAGGGGUACCGCAACGCUGCCCUCCGUCCGGGCCGGGACUACACGGCCCUUCUGCGCCUCGUCCGCCGCUCGCAGCAGGCAGACAAGUUCACCUGCGUCUGCUACAGCUUCUCUCUUGUGCAGGAGCCGGUGCCUCUGCUGAACAGGAUGCCCGUGGUUAUGGCAGUAGUGCUGGUCAUUGUACUCCUGGCACUGGGGAUUUUGCUGCUCUUCAUGCUCUUCAGGCGAAAGUACAACAGUUCAAAAACCUCGGAGAACAACAGCACUAUCCCCCUGCGAAGAUGUAGAGGAGGUGUGUGCAAGCAGAACACACAGAUCCCGGUGGAGGAACUGCUGGAGGCUCUGAAGAGGUUUAAGAGGGCAGAAAUAGAGGCAGAGCAGACAGAAGAUGAAUCAGUCGACCGGCAUGGUGCUGGACGUCUGAGAGAGUAUCAGCAACUGUCCUCCACUUUGUUGCAUCCCUGCGAUGCCGGGAAGGAGCUAUGUAAUCAGAGCAAGAACCGCUACAAGAGCAUCAUCCCAUACGACCACUGCCGUGUGGUGCUACAGCCCUCUGACAUGGGGAAUGGCUACAUCAAUGCCAGCUACGUGGAUAGCUACCGGAGUCCACGCUUCUUCAUUGCAGCUCAAGGCCCCUUGCCUGGGACGGUGGUGGAUUUCUGGCAGAUGGUCUGGCAGGAGAAGACCUCUAUCAUUGUGAUGCUGACGGGCUUAGUGGAGCAGAACAAGACCAAGUGCGAGCAGUAUUGGCCAGAGCACGAGCAGGUCUACGGGGACUUCACCGUGACACUCAGCAACACCAGGACCACCACAGGCCUUGUCACACGCAUCUUCUGCCUGCAGAAGCUGCAUUCACUGCCCGGAGUUCACUCUUCACAGCACAGGGAAGCAGAGAACAAAGCAGGCUGUGCUCUCCCAAGAGUGGUGGAGCAGCUUCACUACCUGCUGUGGCCAGACCAUGGGGUCCCCAGAAACCCUGCCCAGCUCCUGGCCUUAGUGGAUGUGGUGAACAAGAGGGGGUUGGAAGUGCCUACUGGACCCGUGCUGGUGCACUGCAGCGCCGGGAUUGGGCGCACAGGUACCUUCAUCGCCCUGGACUUCCUCCUGAAAAUGGGGAAGGCUGAGGGGAAGGUGGAUGUGUUUCACUGUGUGCAGAGGCUGCGGGAGCAGCGGGUCAGCAUGGUGCAGACCAAGGAGCAGUACACCUUCCUGUAUGAGGUGCUGCUCGAAGGCUUGCUCUGCGGCAGCACCGGGGUCCCAGUGGAGAACAUCACCAGCUAUGUCCACCACCUUCGAGAAGCUGAGACCUCAAGGCACAACAAUGUCCUUGAGAAAGAGUUCAAGGCCCUGCAGAAGUUUUCUGAGUUGUUCCAGCUCCUGCCGUGCAGAGAAGCAGAGAAACCCAGCAACCAGCCCAAGAACCGCAAGCCAGGGAUCCUGCCAGCGGAUUCCUGCCGGCCCAUCCUGAUGUCCUCGCUGAACGCGGACGGCUCGCCCGGUUACAUCAACGCCGUGUUUGCCAGCACGUAUACCCAAGAGGACAGACUCAUCGUCACCCAGCUGCCUUUCCUCACCACGCUGGUGGAUUUCUGGGCUCUGGUCUGGGAUUACAGCUGCACGUCGGUGGUUGUGCUGAACCAGCUCCAGGAGCUGGACAAGACAUACGUGGAGUUCUGGCCCACCCAGGGCGAAGCUGCUUACGGCCGUUUCCAUGUCCACCUGAUCUCAGAGGAGCCCGGAGUUAACUUCACAGCCUGGACACUUGCCCUCACCAACAAGCAGCAGCCCAAGAAGUCUGCACUGGAAGUCCGGUUCUGGCAACUGAAGGACUGGCCCAUGAAGCAGCGUCUUCCCCGGCAACCUGCCACCAUCAUCAGCCUGUUAGGGAAGGUGGAAACACACCAUCGGCAGAGCCAAGACGGACAUAUCCUCGUGACCUGCUGGGAUGGUGCCAGCCGGAGUGGGAUCUUCUGUGCUGCUAGUUUCCUGUGUGAACAGAUCCAAAGCGAGGGGCUGGUGGAUGUAUCCCAGGCUGUGAGGAUGCUGAAGAGGCGGCGGAGACAGCUGAUUAAAGAUGUGGAGCAGUAUGGGCUCUGCUACGAACUAGCCCUCAGUUAUUUGAAUUCAUUUGAAACCUAUGGGAAUUUCAAGUAGAGGCAUGGCCACCGCCCAUCUCUGGCCAUGACUUCGACUCUCUUGACAGCCCUCCAUCAGUAACAGUGGAAAACAGAGGAGAUGAGAGGGGUGUGCACAGCCCCAAGAUGCUUUACUCCCCUGAACAGCCACCCCAAGGGUCCUCUGUGGCUGGAGAGCACAAGCUGGACUGUCUCCAAAUUGUGGUCAGGCUUUGAAGCAGGAACCUGACCCUUUGCCCAGAGUUUGCACAGGAACUUACCUGGAAUCACAGCCUGAGUAUGCAGAGCAGAGCAGAGGCACCAGGACUUGACCUGUCUGUGCCAGGGAUGAAGAUAAUCAGCUGUCCCAUCCAGGCUCCCUUGUGCCUUCAGGCAGCCCCAGGGAAAGUGGGAUAGCUCCACCAACACCCAAACUGUGUUUUGCCAGGGGAGCAUCAAACCGCUGUAAGAUCCAUGGGGCUCAGGAGCACAGGCUAUCUGUCCUACUUUAGGAGAAGCAUGAAGCCCAAGGCCAACAAGAGCCAAGGGAGGGACAACCCACAGUCCUGUAGGGCUAGCCUGGUCCUUUCCACCCCACGCAAUCCCUUCCGGCAGCUCCAUCUUCCUGAUGCUGAUCCAGGUGCCACAGCCCUUCCAGCUCCAGAGAUGCUCCAUCACUAGCCUGCCUGGCUGCACCAUGGCAAUCCCAGGUUGUAGCGGCUCAACUUAAAUAUCCUGGAUGUGGUUCUGGCAAGGGCUGCUGCACCACGGAGGCUGGUUCUGCCUUUGCUGCUCAAGGGCAAGGGGCCCCAGAGCCAGGACUGACCCCAUGGCUCUGUUCUGUGUGUCACCAAUAAAGACUCUGUGCUGGCCA